AUGACGCGCACGGAGUUUCACCGCUGCGUGUCUCACACUCCUGCACACACCGCUUAUAUGCUCAGCACGAGCCAUCAGAGCAACGAACCACAGGCAUGCCAUAGAUUUAAAGAAGUCAUCUUUCUAUUUCUUUUCUCUUCCUGUAGCUAUGAGGGGCUGGAGAAGAAGCUGAGGGAGGUUUUCACCGAGAGGACAGGAAUUUUACGACAACUCUCCAAAACAUCAAAGGAGCUGGACAGCAUCAAGGGGAACCUGCAGUCUUUUAAGAAUGAAGAUGCCGUCCCUAAGAAGGAUGUGCAGAGGAUCCUGGAGCUCAGUCACAAGCAAAGGGAUGAGAUGAAGUCGCUCCAGGCAGCUCUGCAGAAACAACUGGAUGAUGCAGCUGAACGUGCAGAGAAACAGCAGGCCACCAUAAAGUUUUUAAAGAUGGAGAUGGAAAAGAAGACCAAAAUCAUCAAAGAUCUUCAGCAAGAGAAUAAAAGCUUGAAGAACAAACUUCUGUCGGGGACCAAGCUCUGUGACAUACACACAGAGGAGUCCAAAAAAAUCCAAGCCCAACUGAAAGAGCUGCGGUAUGGCAAAAAGGAUUUAAUUUUUAAGGGACAGCAACUGAUGGACUUGGAGAAUAAACUGAAAGUAGCCAAAGAUGAACUGGAGAAGGCAGCGCUGGAUAAGGAGUCACAGCUGAAAGCCCUGAAGGACACCGUACAUAUCUGCUUCUCGUCUGUCCUACACAGCCAGACGGGGAGUUUACACAGAUUCCCAGCAACACCCUCCAACCUGUUGAGGUACUCGGCCCUGCUCAACAACUCAAGAGUCACCUUUCAGCAGCCGCACGCCAAGGACAUCCCGAAAGUUCCCCGGAUCACAACAACAAGUAAAUUGCCUUUGAGCAGUGCGGUAAUGAGGAGAGAGAGCACAGGACCGAAAGACUGCCAGAUGGUGAAGGUGGGAGCAGAAUGUUCCAAUCAGACCGAGAGUUCAUCCGAGAUGAAAAAGACAUUUGGACACAGUCGAACCCCAGAGCAGAUCGGACAAGGUCAAGAAAGGACAGCAGAGGAAAUCGGGAAAACAGACGGAGACCUAAAAAAGACACAAAUGGACAAACACAACUGAAAGGACAGUGGAAGACUUGGCAGAUUUUCUGCAUGGUAAAAAUGAUGUCAUAUCGGUUUAAGCCCCUCUUCAUCACUGAGCUUAUAAGCACACACACACUGUAGGCAAACACAAACAACGACAGACACAAACACAAAAUGCUCCGUCUAACACUGCUAAUGUAGAAAAUCAAAUUCCCAACAUUCGAUUUUGAACUUUCUUAAUUAAAGAAAAAAAGUAAAGAAAAAACAACAACCACAUAGUAUGGCAUGCAUUAUAGAGUUUUAGAUAUUGAUUUUACAAGGUUACGAUGGUACUGGUGGUUUUUAAUAACUGUUAUUCUUUUUUUUCUUUUUUUUUCACUAUCUAUUUUGAUUUUUUUUUUUUCUCUCUCUUCUAAAUUUAGGACACAAUGUUUUUUGAUUUGUGUUGUUUGUAAUUAAAGACUAUUUCUGGCACCGCAGACCAGAACUUCAGUGUUAAAGGUCACGCUGGGGGUCAUUUGAGUUCUGUAAAUUUACACAUGGUCAAAUUCCAACUUUCGUCAAAGCAGCUUCUGAAAAUAUUGAACUAUUGAAUACUGUAUGUCCUGAAUGCAAAAUAGGGCUGCACGAUUUGUGGAGAAAAAAAAACUGAAUUGUGAAAUUUUUUUUUCUGAUAAAUUGUGAUUUUAAAAUGUGAUUUUUAUUUUACAGUACUACUGUAAAUUUACAACAAUAUUAUUUUAGUCUUAAAUUUUUCAUUUUUCAAACGUUAAACCAUCAUGCUUUAAAUUUUUCAAAAAGAAACCACAGAGAGCCCUUAAAGCAUUUUUUUUUUGACAACAGCCGGUUUAUAAGCACUUCUCAGUUAGUUUCCCAAAACAUCUCAAGUUUGGUGCGUUGCAUUUUUUUUAAAUGCGACCCAAACUGAGAUGAGUUUGUGUGUUAAUCGAGCUGAAAACACCAGAUCAUAAGCUGCUCGCGUGUAAAAGAACACAGUGCUGCGCUUCACUCUGAAACACGCAGUGCAUGCACUUAUUUAAUUCAAUCGCAGCCUUUGCUAUUAAGCCAUAUCGCAUUAUCGUUUUUUAUUCCGAUUAAUUGUGCAGCCCUAACAGAAACCGAAUCAAUCCCAAGUCAGCUGAAAUGACGAAAAGAACUGUUUAACGUGAAGGUACGGUUUGUCUCGUGUUGUAGCAAAGAUUAAUUUACUCCUCCUGCUCCAUAUUACGAGGCUCAAGUUGGCUGGCCAACUAUCACUGUUGAAUAUUUCGGAGCUUUUGGUGCCAGAAUUAAAGAGAAAAACUCGACUCACAGUGAGUCGUCUCCCUAAGAAUGAUGUGCCAUGCACCGACCGAGUACUUAAUCUACUGCUACAUCUCUCUGUUUCUCUACCUUCUUGUGUCCUUUACAAUAAACCGUGAUUUUCGCUAAAUGUGUGAAGAAUAAAUGGUUAUUUGUGGAGUAAAA